AUGUCGAACGCCACUGCUGGUGCGAACGGCGACGUCGACAUGGCCGAUUCCAACACCACCAACGGCGCUCACGACACCACCACCACUGCGGGCGUUCACGCUCUAGGCGAUCACAGCCGUCAACUUAUCCAGGCAAUCCAGAUGCUGGAGGCCCUGAACGUCGAUGCCACACUGCCCUCUUUACCCAAGUUUGUCGUCAUCGGAGAUCAGUCUGCUGGAAAGAGCUCUAUCAUCGAAGCUGUCUCAGAGAUCACUCUGCCACGCAGUGCGGGCACUUGCACUAGAUGCCCGUUCCGGAUCACCACCACGGCGGCAAAGGACGGGCAGGAGUGGACCUGCAAUGUGUCGCUGCAAAUCAGAUACAGCUACAAUCCACACCUUCGGGCCAACAAGAGUGGUGAAUCAUUCAACGGCUGGUCUGAGAACAAGGACACCCUCAGCCUGCCAUUCGCCAACGUCACUGACAAGGCUCAACUCGAAAUCAUCCUCCGUCGUGCACAAUUUGCCCUCCUGAACCCGGACAAGAAUUACACCCAAUUCUUGAACUCCAACGUGGAUUUCAACGGAGAGGACAGCGACAGCCAGACUGUCAGAUUCUCUCCAAAUGUCAUCAGCCUCGAAAUCACCGCCCCAGGUCUUCCAGAUUUGUCGUUUUACGACUUGCCAGGCGCGAUCAAUACUUUGGGAGACGAGAAUGACCAGUACUUGGUCGACUUUGUUGAGCGUCUCCUGAAGUGCUAUGUUCGCGAGGACAAAGCUCUCAUACUUCUUGCUUGCGCCGCCAAUCAGGAUCUGGAAACAUCCACGGCAUUCCGCUACCUUCGCGAGUGUCGGGCCAGCUACCGCACUAUGGGUGUCCUCACCAAGCCGGAUCUCAUAGACCUGACUCCAGCGCGUGUCAAAUACCUCCAGAAUUUGCUCUCAGGCAACAAGAACCACCAUCAUCUCGACAACAAGUGGUAUGUCACCCGACAGCUUUCGCAGAGAGAGCUCGACCAGCAGACGAGCUAUGAGGCAGGGCGAAACCUGGAGAAGGACUUCUUCUCGGGCGAGCCUUGGUCUACCGAGUUAGCUGGCUAUGCUUCACGCUUUGGUGUUCCAAAUCUCCAGGCUGCGCUCUCACGCAAAUUGGUUCAACACAUCUUGGGCGACCUUCCCGAAAUCGUGGAGCGUGUUCAGACGAGGCUUUUCGAGAUCAACGCGCAACUUGCCAUGUUCCCCGAGCAAGACGCUGCUCCUGGAAUCAGCGUAGCUGUGGACAUCGAGAAGGUGAACAAGUCCCUGUACGACCAACUCAAUGCAGACAGUCUGCGCAGCAGCAUGCGCAAGGACUACCGUGAUAUCUUCCGGAAGCUUUCGAAGAGGCUUCAGGAUCUGAAGCCGAAGGUGAAGAUGACUACCCCAGGCUACCAAAAGCCGAGCAUCUCGGUGGAGAGCAGCGAUGAGGAAGAGUCUCCCUCCAAGAUGCAUCGAACCAUGAACGGCCGUGCCAUGAGUGUCGUCAACACGCCCAAUCGAUCCAGCAGACCACCCCGACGCACUCCUGCCAGUACUCCCAACUCGCAGACUUCUGAGAACUUCGCCGUCUUUCGCCUGGACGAUGUGAGAGCCAAAUUCGACGCAGCACCUGGAGCUGAUCUUCAGGCUCAAGCGUCCGAGUCUGUCGUCCGAGGUUUGAUCUUGGACACACUUGUUGGCUGGCCAAGCAGCACCGAUACUGCGAUCAAGAACAUACGACAAGUCUUCAUCGAAAUGCUAGACAGCGCAGUCGCAUCUGCACUUGCCAAGAGACAGAAGACCGAGCUCUACAACAAGGUGGUAGAGAUCACUCACGCGCUCUUCGAAGAGCUGUUCCAGAAUGUGGAGGGCUUUAUCCAUGAGCUCAUCGCUGCCGAGACUCAUCGUCCCAUCACGUACAACUCCGGCCUGAAGCAGCAGAAGGCCGUUCGCAACGCCGAGUACCACCAGCUGCGCCGCGAGCAGCGUGUCGCCGAGCACUAUGAGAUGCUCGAAACUCAAGGUCAUCGCAUGGUGUCUCAGGCCGACCAAAAGAAGAAGGCGGCAGACGUUGCGUGGGUCACCGCUACGUUAGGCGGCGAUGAGUACGAGAGAGAGGUAGACGCACUGGCUACUCCCAUAGCCUACUACGACAUCGCUGCGACCCAGCUUGUGGAUAGCAUCGCCAAACUCUUCGAAGCUGGACUCAUGCACGCCUACGAGGGACGCAUCCAUCGCAAGCUGAUGGAGGAGCUUCGUACUACCGAUGCGGCGUAUUGUGCUCAGCUGCUGGCCGAGGAUCCAGAGCGUGAGGCACAGAGAGCUGAACUCAUGGGGGAGAAGAUGAAGUUGGAGCAGGCGCUUGCGGAGCUCAAUCGUCUGCCAGCGAACCACCUCCCUAACUGA